AUGGAUGUGGUAGUAGUCAAUUAUGGUGAAACUACUGUGAGCAUUUUUCUUGGCCAUGGAGAUGGAACUUUGGGCGAUUCGAUGUUGUAUGAAUGUGGUCCCAACCCAUAUAGUUUGGCAUCAGGUGACUUCAACAACGAUACUAAUAUGGAUCUUAUAGUGGUUAUCUCAGGCGACAAUACUGUUAGUUUACUGAUUGGCAAUGGCGAUGGUACUUUUCAAGCUCCAAGGAAGUAUCCUGUUGGUAGCAGUCCAGAAGCUGUAACAGUAAAUGACUUCAACAAUGACAACAAACUGGAUAUCGCUGUAGCUAACUAUCUGGAAGGUACUGUCAGCGUCUUAUUAGGUAAUGGAGAUGGAACACUUCAGCUCCAAACUAAGUAUGGGACUGGUACCACUCCGAUAUCUGUGAUAUCAGGUGAUUUCAGCAAUGAUAAUAUACCAGAUCUCGUAGUAUCCAACCAAUUCGAAAGUAGCGUGAGUGUGCUAAUUGGUUGUGGCAAUGGAACCUUUCAGAAACAAGUCAAGUAUGCCACUGGCAGUGGUCCACGCUCUGCAGUAUCAGGUGAUUUUAAUCAUGAUCAACAACUAGAUCUAGCAGUAGUGAAUUACUUUGAGUUUACUGUCACAAUACUUCUUGGCCGGUUUGGUGGAACAUUUUACACUCGAACUCAAUUUAAAGCUGGUGCAAAACCAUCUUCUGUGACAUCAGGUGAUUUCAAUAAUGAUAAUAAAUUAGAUGUAGCUGUGGCUAAUCAAGAUGACAAUAGCAUCAGCCUGCUACUUGGUAAUGGAAAUGGAAUGUUUAAAGACCAAAUCAAGUAUGCAACUGGCAAGAGUCCUUCUUGUGUCAUAUCAUGUGAUAUUAACAAUGAUAACAACCUCGACUUAGUAGUAACCAACUUUGAGAAUAGUUCCAUCGCUAUAUUACUUGGCAAUGGAAAUGGAAUCUUAUGGAAUCAAAUGAACUAUACUGUUGGUAGUAAUCCUAUAUUUGCGAUUUGUAAUGAUCUCAAUGGUGAUAGCAACCUAGAUCUGACAGUAGUCAACUAUGGUGAUAACACUAUCAGUGUACUGCUUGGUACUAGAAAUGGAACUUUUAUUACUAACACGACGUAUGAGACUGGUCAAAGUCCAGCUUCAGUGACAUUAGGUGACUUCAACGGUGAUAAAAACCUGGACCUAGUAGUGGCUAACUCUGAAGACAACACUAUUAGCUUGUUCUUUGGUAAUGCUGAUGGAAGCUUUCAGAAGUCAAUCGCUUACACUGUUGGUAGUAACCCAGUUUCCGUAAUAUGUGGUGAUUUUAAUAAUGAUCAACAACUAGAUAUAGCAUCAGCUAACUACCUAGACGAUACGGUGAGUGUACUGCUGAAUAAUGGAAAUGGAACAUUCUAUGCUCCUCUAACCUAUCUUGUUGGUAGCAGUCCAUCUGCUAUGGCAUUAGGUGAUUUCAAUGAUGAUAACAAAGUAGAUUUAGCAACUGUUAAUAAAUACUCGAACGAUUUGACUAUUUUGCUGAACAAAUGUAAAUAA